AAUUCAAUGUGAUUGGUCGAUGACAUACAAUGCCCGAGAUGGGGGAGGCCAUCUCCGCGACUGCAGGCGAAGGACGUGGGCAACGCCAGUCGUGGAUCCAUGCGCAGCUCGCUCUCCAGCGCAUCAAGGACCGUGUACUUCAGUCUCCAACAUCGGCUGCUAACGACGUGGAAGAGUGGGCUGCUGCGGCGAAGAACGCCGUGUUAUGCGUACUGCAUUCAACGGCACGACCGGACCCAGUCAUCCAAGCGCUGGCGUUGUUGCAUGGGGAGUUGCGUGACAUGCAUCAGCACCUGCAGGGUCCCUCAACAAUGCAAACGUCAGAGGAGAAUCAAAUCUGCCAUCCGCGUUCGUUCUACGUGAGUGCAUUUGAGAUGAUCAUGCAUGUUGCGCCCUUGUCGUCGCAAGUCGAGGAAUUUGGGGUAGCUCUCGCGUAUUGCUACAUGCACGAAUCGCUCUUUGGUGAGGCCACCGCCGUGGCAGAUGCGUUGUCGUCAAUGGCGUCCGUGCAACAAGACAGGCUGCUGACACUCAUGGCGUGCAUUGCGUUUCAACAAAACGACAUUGGUCGAGCAAUGUCGGUGCUUCGUGGCUCAGUGCCAUCAACCCCGUUAUGUGCAUUUUGGCUCGCGAUGGCGUGGGUGCUGAGCCACAAACGGAGCAAGACAGACCCUUCACACUAUCAGCCGUGCACAAUAGAGUCCGCGGAUGAUGUUUGGGCACUUCUCCAGACCGCCAUAGCUGGAGACGUUCGCACGAUCGAGUGUUUGAUUCUGCAGGCGUGGAUACGCACCCACCACCGCACGCGCGUUCAAGAGGAUAUAACGGCAGGCGAUUGCCUCGUGAAGGCGAUUUGCCUCGACUUUGACCAUCGUGGCAGCACGAAUUUGCCCAUGUUUAAUUACGCCAUGCUCCUCGGGCGUCUUGGGCAAUGGGCCGAUAUGCAGCAAACGCUCCAGUUCUGUCUAGACGCGUACACAAACCGGACGACUUCGGACACGGCAUGUAUUCCCAUCUUUUCAGCGACCAUGCACGUCACGUUGCCGAUCCUGCAAGCGUACAUGGCUCGGGCUUGCAUUCUAUCGGGGGACUUGAACACUGCGCACGUCAUGCUGCAACGACUGGGACUGGCGACAGCGGCGCUGGAUGUUUCCGUUGGCCCUUUUCAGACGUCUAGUUUGGUUCGAGACCGUGUGUUUGUCUUGUUGGAGGUGAACGCCCAUCGCGAAGCCGUCAACGUGUGCAACGCUGCGCUACAGCGCUACCAAGGGGAUCCGGCGCUACUUCUGUACAAAGCCGACGCGCUCUUCUGCCUCGAGCAAGUCCAAGAAUGCGACUGGACAUUGCAGCAAGUGGACACGGUCCUCGCUGGUGUCGACGAGCCCUGUCGCGACUUGUACGCGCAGUUGCUGAACAACCAGGCGCUGGUCUUGGCCUGUCGAGGCGACAUUGCCGACGCCGUACAAAAAUUGCACGAAUGCCGGCACAAGUUUCCCUCGUGUACCCACGCCCUGUUCAAUUUGACUGUCUUGCUUUGGCGGCAAAAGAAGCGAGUGGCUGCGUGCACGACAUGGCUUGCGGGGCGACCGACGAUCUCCGUCCCUGGGACACUCGACGUGGAAAACCCUCCGACGACCCAUGUUCCAGCCGGACGACGAGGACAGCUCUGUCCCCAACAAGUGGCUGCGCUCGACCGGUUGAUUGAAACGCACUGGGCCGACCACGAGCGCAUGCACGCGAUCAAGCAGUCUCUUCAAGUGGUGGAGCACUACCGCAGCUUUUGUGAAACGCAGCAUGGAGGUGGGGAAGCGUCUGCCGCUGAGACUCGUCCAUGAAGAAUAUAUUCAGCAUGAAAGAUACCAAACACCGUCCUCCACCGAGAAUGGCCUCGUUUGUUUACGGGCAACCUCAUCAGGUUCCAGUCGGCGUGAUCGAGCUGCAUGUUCGUGAGCUAGUUAAUCCACUUGCGAUAUCGACACGCUCGUUUCAUUUCUACCUUGGCCGUUUCGUUGUACAUCGCGC